UUUACAGCCCUUCAUAAAACUGCUAUUUAAAUCUCGAAUCCGUAGAAGGCGUUAUAAACAAUAUCUCUCUCCGACUCGUGAUCUCCUCUACGUCACUGCCAUGGAAGCGGGACGUCCCCACCACCAAUUCGAACACCUCGCGUGCUUUUUACGUGGGCCUCCUCGCGCUCGGCGUGGAGACACUUGGCUCGGGACUGACACAAGAACAAUCAGAUCCCACUGGGCCGCUGAAGGACUAACGACUUCGUGCCACCUGGUAUAUGCGGAGGUGGAGAGUGGUUUGGGUACUAAGGUGGCGCAAAUGAGGAUUGACGUGAAGACGCGGUCCGUAAAGGAGUUGGAGGAACAGUGGACGUCCAGGAGGAAGUUCCACCGGGUGAGAACCAUGGCUUCGGCGCGCAGGGAUUGCUAUAUAAGAAAUAAUGUAGGAAUAACUGAGGAGUUAGGUCCUAGCAACAUGGGAACCAAUUAGGUCCUAUCGCCACUCGGAUCGUUCCCCAGGAAAUUCUUCGGUGAACACGAAGUGCGUCACAUCCUAUCACGCACAGCGGUGAAGGGAUUCAUAACAGGGGAUCCAAUUGGUUGUGAAAACGACAGAGUAUUCUUUUUUAAAUGGUAUUUCCUCGGACUGCCUGAGUUGUCAACAAUAAUGAGCCAGCUGUAUUUGGGAUGCCCGCUACUCCCAUUUUAGGAGAGGGACGGCGAUUUCGUUCAUUUACAUCAUAUCAU